CUCGGAGAAGCUUCCCUGCACCAACACAGAACCAAAUUGCUGACCACUGGCUAGUCCCUCGCGCUCACCAAAAAAUGUUCUUGACCUCAUCCUAUAAAUUGCCUGCAUUCUCACUACUCUCUCUACUAUCUUCUUCUUGGAUUCAUCUGAAUUGUUAUAUUUUCAUUUCAAUCUUCUUUAGCAAACACAAAAACACUCUCUUAUCACCGAUUGCGAAGUUUCGUGAACGAGGAUGAAGGUUAGUAAUGCUCUUCUUUCUUCUUCUUUUUUUCUUAAAUUAAUGUAUUUAGUUUUGACCCAUUCAUAUUAAUUAAUGUUUUUUCUAACGACAGAAAGUGGUGUUGAAAUUGGAGUUCGCUGAUGAGAAAAUGAAACAAAAGGCCAUGAAAACUGUCUCCGGAAUCUCAGGGCUUGAAUCUAUAGCAAUGGACCGACAAGACAAAAAAUUGACAAUAAUCGGGGACAUAGAUCCGGUGAAGGUGGUGGCAAUGCUGAGGAAGUUUUGUCGCACAGAAAUUUUUUCAGUGGGUCCUGCGAAGGAGGAGGAGAAGAAGAAGACAGAAGAGCCAAAAAAGGGAGAGGAGAAGAAGAAAGGAGGGGAUCCCAAGAAGCAAGAUGGAGGAAAACAAGAAGUUGUACAGUUACCACCAAUGCCUUAUCAAUAUCAUCCUUAUUACUAUCAACAACAACAACGACAACCUUAUUAUAAUACUCAAUACCCACCAAGUGCCUAUCACAACGCUACGAGUGUGGAGGAGGAUCCCAACUCGUGUGUUAUUUGUUGAAAUCUAGGUGGAGUAUUAGUUCACGUAUUACUAUUUGUUUAUACGUUUGUUCUUUGUCUUUUUGUAUUACUAUUUUUUGACAUUAAGCAUGAGGGGUUCGCUAAAUGAUUAAUGUGAAUGAAUCACCAAAUUAUUUUAAAAAAGUAUAUCGAAUUCUUAUUUGGCAUGAUUACUUGAUUAGUUUAUGGAAGUGAGGACUGAGGAUGUUGUUGAGAUGCACAAGACGCUCAAAAUCUUAAAGGAAUAUAUAAAAAAGAACAUUCAAC